AUGCAGAUCUUCAGCAAAGUGUUGACAGAUACUGAUGUCCGUGUUCGGUUCUCGUUCCCAACUCAUUGCUUGCAGCAUUUAGAUUUUGCUGGAAAUAAUUAUGUUGAUUUGCAUGUUAAAGAUAGCUGUGGUGAGCUUCGAGUUAUUCGUUGCCUGAAGAGAAAUGGAGUUUAUGACAAGCCAGUGCUUUCUGAGAGCUGGCUUAAAUUUGUUGCUGAUUAUGGACUGAGAGUUGGUGACAAGGUUGUUCUUCAUCGUGAGGAUGACCAUAACCUGGAGUCACAGUUCAGGAUUGAAGCCAAGAGGAGUAUCAAGCUGUUUGGUGAGGAGGAUUGGGGUGAAGUGACAAGAGCUAACUAGCUAUUAUUUGCAUGGAGCGCGGAUGUUCGGCCAUAUCC